AUGCGGAACACUGCAUGCCAAUUCGAGCUGUCAGCGGGUGCCACGCGUGAACCCUCCACACUCUUCAUAUCCCACCUCCACGACCGUCUAUCUAUCACGACAGAGACCCUCUCGGCUGAGACAGCGGCUCGCUCAGCCUGGCUUCUUGACAGAUGUGGUGAUGUGACCGAACAAGGGCAUAGUCCAGAAUCCACUUCCUUGGUCCUCGGCAUCACAUUCCCAAGCUAUGCCGCUGCUCCACGUCAAUCACUGUGA